AUGCCGUCGAAGGCGGAGACAGAGAGCAUCCACUCCGCACAGUCACAUAACUCUGACCAAAUUUCUUCCUUCGUCGGCAUCAACACUGGAUGUGGCAAGCUCAACAUCAGCACCAAACAAGGGAAGAACCUACACUUCCUACAGAUGGUGGUGUUACCGCUCAUCCCAAUCAUCGGCCUCAUAGUCCAGAACUGCAUCACCAUGGAAACUGUCAUCCUCUACCAGUCAGAGAUCAGCCGAGUCAACGACGGAAUCCAGUCAACAGUGACGCUGGGAGCCUUAGUAGCAGCCAUUCAGAUGGAGAGACUGUCUGUGGCUUACUAUGUCUUCACCAAUGGCUCCUCCCUCACGUAUGUCUUCACCAAUGGCUCCUCCCUCACAGCCAACCUAAGCAGCACCUACGCCAAUACCAACAAAGUAAUAAAGGAAUUAGCAGUGUGGCCAAACAUAGAUGAGAAGACUGACUUGUUUGAGAGUCCACAACACUUUCAGAUCCGAUUAAAUGAUUUCAGAAACAAGCUGGACGCCAACGACAUAUACAUCAGAGACAAGAUGGAGUUCUACAGCCUGAUCACUAAGUCUCUCAUCACACAGCUCAUCGUGUUCACCAGCAACACCAGUUCCCCGGGCCUCUGGCAGCUGGUGGAGGGCUACAAGAGCACCAUCUCCGCUAUAGAGAACAUGGGCCGCUCUAUCAUCUAUGGCCUCAAUUACUUCGGCCGUGGCCACGUAGACCAGUAUGGCCUCUACCAGUAUGUGCGGUUGUGGGCCAUAUCCAACAACGGCCUAAGGACAACCAUGGAAUUCUCAAAGAAGAGCGCGUCUACCAUCUCAGGCAUCAGACAGCUGCCGUACUUAGAGCAGAUCAGGGAAUGGAAUGCAGAGAUCAGACGUAACGAACACAUCAACGGCAGUACUGACAUCGCCACCCAGUACAUCACCUUCAUGGCCAAGUACCUUCAGGACCUAAGACUGGCCCAGAGAGACCUACAGCAGGAGAUUAGGAAGACUGUUAACGAGCAGCUGACGGUGGCUGACAGUGAAGAGGCUGUCAGCAUCGCCGUCCUGGUGUUAGUACUGACUAUCUCCCCGAUCAUCGUCAUUUUGGUCAGGAAAGCUACACACAUGGUCGAGAUGUUCUCGGACACACUGGCAGUAAAGAUGGGACAGUUGAAGACAGAGAAGAAGAGAAGUGACCGUCUCCUGUACCAGAUGUUACCCGUGGUGGUGGCCAAGCAACUCAGGCAGAAGAAACAGGUGCCAGCGGAAAGCUUCGAGAGUGCGUCCGUGUAUUUCAGCGAUAUUGUUGGCUUCGAGGAGUUGUGUUCUGAGAGCUCCCCCAUGCAGAUCGUCUCACUACUCAACUCCCAGUACAAGGUGUUCGACUCGAGGCUGGAGCGUUACGACGUGUAUAAAGUUGAGACGAUUGGCGACGCUUACAUGGUGGUGUCCGGCCUACCUAAGAGGAACGGUCAAAGGCACGCGAUGGAAAUUGGAAGCUUGGCUCUCGACCUACGAAACGCCGUUCAGUCCAUCCCCAUCCAGCACAAAUCCGGCGGCUACCUGCAGGUAACACCGCCCUGGGGAGCUUAUUAUGAUUCACCUCACCUGAGUACAGAUUUAAGGCUCUUACUGAAGCUUGUUAGCACACCUGGUUUAAACAUGAGACCUAAAGAGGGCAAGAUAUAG